AUGUUCUUUUUUCGCUUUCCUUUUUCUCUUGUAUGUUCUCUCUUUUUCUUCUUUCAUUAUUUCACUCUUUCUUUUUCUCUUAUAUUUGUUAUUCUUUCUCUCUCACUUUCUUUCUUUUACUCUCAUUACCUUAUUCUUGCUCUCUCUUUCUCUUUGAUUAUUUUAUUCACUCUUUCUCCUAUUCCUUCUUUUUCUUAUUUAUAUCCACCCUCUGUCUUCCUUCUUUCAUUAUUUCAUUCUUUCUUUUCUAUUUCUCUCUCUCUCUCUCUCUCUCUCCCUUAUAUUAAUUACCUUAUUUUUCAUUUCUCUUUCUCUUUCAUUAUUUUGCUCAACCUUUCACCUUAUCCUUUUUCUUAUUCAUAUCUCACUUCUCUCUUCUUUCUUUCAUUAUUUCACUCUUUCUUUCCCCUUUCUUUAUAUUUCUCUCUUUCCCUCCCCAUCUCUCUCUUAUUCUCCUCCUCCUCAGUUCCAGUUAAUGUCCCAUCAAUUAGAACCCCUAAUCUCUAUUUCUUUUGCAUUCUCCUUUCCCCCCUCCUCUCUUUUCCUUCUAAUACUUGUCUCUCCCGUUGCUCUCCAAUCUCUUUGACUUUUUCACUCUUUAUUUGGUUCUUUCUUUCAUUCUUUCUUUCUUUCUUUCUUUCUUUCUUUCUUUCUUUCUUUCUUCAUGACUUUCCACAUGUUUGUUUCUUUUCUUUUUCUUUAUAUCUUUGUGCAAAUUCUUUUUCUUUCUUUCUUUCUUUCUUUCUUUCUUUCUUUCUUUCUUUCUUUUUCUUUCUUUUCUUGAAUUUUUCUUUCUUUUUUUUUUCUUUCUUUCUACACUUUUUUUCUUUCUUUCUUUCUUUUUUUUUCUUUCUUUCUUUUCUUUCUUUCUUUCUUUUUUUCUUUUCUUUCUUUUUCACACUUUCUUUUUUUUUUCUUUUCUUUCUUUUCUUUCUUUCUUUUUUCUUUUUCUUCUUUCUUUCACAUGCUUUCUUUUUUUUUUUUUUCUUUCUUUUCUUUUCUUUUCUUUUCUUUUUUCUUUCUUUCUUUCUUUCUUCUUUCUUUCUUUCUUUCUUUCUUUCUUUCUUCUUUCUUACACCAAUUUCACACAAGCUCUUUUUUUCUUGCUUGCUUUCUUUCUUUCUUUCUUUCUUUCUUUCUUUCUUUCUUUCUUUCUUUCUUUCUUUCUUCUUUCUUACCUUUUUUUCUAGCUUUGCUUGCUUGCUUGCUUUCUUUCUUUCUUUCUUUCUUUCUUUUCUUUCUUUCUUUCUUUCUUUCUUUCUUUCUUUCUUACACCAAUUUCACACAAGCUCUUUUUUUCUUGCUUGCUUUCUUUCUUUCAUUUCAUGCCAGCUUCCUUUUCCUUUCUUUCUUUCUUGCUCAGAUGCCAUGAUAUACUUUCUUCCCUUCUUUCUUUCACCAAUUCCACACUAG